AUGCUGUACCGCACAGAACAUCUACCCAUUCAACGUGGAGGCUGCGGCCACGGAGACCCCUCAUCAACUGCCACUUCUCACCUCAGUGGACUCAUAGCCCAGCCUGGCCAUCAAAGGGUAAAGGCAUAGGGAGAGCGUCUGAUAAGCAUCUUAACUGACAUUUCUCUGACUGACAGUACAGAAAACAGAACAUGGACCUGGAGAAGACCAAACAGCGCAUCAUAAAUAUCGCCAACUUCGUACACAAGUUCUACCUGUCGAUGAACAUCAAGGUGGCUCUGAUUGGUCUGGAGGUUUGGACGUCGGGGAACCAGUGUGACAUCCAGACUGACGCCAACCAAAGCCUGCGCACCUUCCUGGCGUGGAAACAGAAGCUGCGGGGCAGGAAGAAGCACGACAACGCCCAGCUCCUCACUGGAAUGACAUUCAGUGGAACCACCAUUGGGAUGGCCCCGCUGGAAGGGAUGUGCACGGCGGAGAAUUCUGGGGGCGUCAAUAUGGAUCACUCUGAGCUGCCCAUAGGGGCCGCGGCCACAAUGGCUCAUGAAAUCGGACACAACUUCGGGAUGAGCCACGACAAGGACAACUGCUGUACGGAAGCCACCGCGGAGCAGGGCGGGUGCAUCAUGGCGGCUGCUACGGGACAUCCCUUCCCUAGUAAGUUCAGCUCAUGCAGUCAGAAUCAGCUGCGCAAAUACUUUGGAAAGGCGGAGGGAUGUGCCUAUUCAACGCGCCCAACACAGAGGACCUGGUGACGGGGAAGAAGUGUGGAAACGGCUUUCUGGAGGAGGGAGAGCAAUGUGACUGCGGAGAGCCAGACGACUGUACCAAUCCUUGCUGCAAUGCCAAAGACUGCACCUUAAAGGAGGGGGCUCAGUGCGCACACGGGGAAUGCUGCUACAACUGUAAGUUAAAGUCAGCGGGGAAUCUGUGUCGAGAGAAGGCGGGAGCUUGUGACCUGCCGGAAUUUUGCCGUGGGGACAACGCCUUCUGCCCCGCCAAUGUCUACAUGAUGGAUGGCUCCCCCUGUGCCUAUGGAGAGGCGUACUGUAUGAACGGCAUGUGCCUGACCCACCAGCAGCAGUGCAUUCACCUGUGGGGCUCAGGAGCCCGACCGGCCCCCGACAUUUGCUUUGUUGACGUGAACAAGGCUGGAGACCGAUAUGGAAACUGCGGGAAA